GUCACGUGACUUCGAGUCGAACCACGACGCCAUGAUGGAUAAUGUCAGACUCGUGCUCGGUGAAGUGCUAACUGUGGUGUGUGAGUAGCGAGAUUCUGUAAAUUUCGUUAUGUCGCGAGUGCCGAUUCUUGUUAUUUUGGGUGCCACUGGUACUGGAAAAUCAAAACUGGCCAUCGAACUUGCAUCCAAAUAUUUUGGGGAAAUCAUUUCUGCAGACAGUAUGCAGGUAUACAAAGGACUCGACGUGAUUACUGCGAAGGUUACUAAAAAGGAACAAGCCAUGGCGCCUCACCAUAUGUUGGAUAUUUUGGACCCUUUGUCAAUCUUUACGGUCGUCGAUUUCAGAAACAGAGCGUUACCACUGAUAGACAAAUUAAUCAAGGAUGAAACGAUGCCGGUAAUAGUCGGUGGCACUAAUUAUUAUAUCGAAUCGUUGCUUUGGCAAAUUCUCAUCGAAGAUCCAAAAGAAACGGAAGACGGUGCUUGUUCUUUGGUUUUCGAACGUGACUGUGGUAUCGUUACAAUAAGUGAUAGUCGAUCGAAAACGAUCAAAUCUAACGAAGAUCACGGUGUUCGAGUUUCUACCGAAAUCAAUGAAAGUAUGAGAAACAGUGGUGAAGUUUGUAACGCAGACGACGCCAAUAAUGUCGAUGACGAUCGUUCGCAAAAUGAUCGUCGCUUAGGUGACAAGUGCGAAAAAAGUGAAUCAAAGGAUCAUUUUCACUCCGACGAACAAUUACACGAGGAAAGUACAACUGCGAGUGCGGGAGGCGGCGGUUCUUCUCCAUCGGAACGUGAACAACAACCACCGUUUAAAAAAGUGAAAUACGACGACGACGACGUGAGCAACGAGGAACUUCAUAAAAUGCUCCGAGAAAUUGAUCCGGAAAUGGCCGACAGACUUCAUCCGAAUAAUCGAAGGAAAAUCCUCAGAUCGCUUCAGGUCUUCGAACAAUUUGGCGUAAGACACUCCGAAAUUUUGAAAGAACAGAGACUGGCCGGUGGUUCCGGCCUCGGUGGUCCUCUUCGUUACAAAAAUUCCAUCAUUUUCUGGCUCCAAUGCAAACAGGAAGUUCUUGACAAGAGACUUGAUUUGAGAAUAGAUUCUAUGCUGGAAAAUGGUCUGGUGCAAGAGCUUAUCGAUUUUCACGAUAGAUACAACCGUGAAAGGAUCGAAUCAAAAACACUUCCGGAUUACACCAAAGGAAUCUUUCAGAGUAUCGGCUUCAAGGAAUUUCACGAAUACCUGAUUUUGGACGACGAAGAAAAACGCGCGAAAAAAGGAGAAGAACUUCUUGAAGACGGUAUUAAGAAUUUAAGAAUAAGAACAAAACAGUACGCUAGAAGGCAGCACAAAUGGGUGAAAAAUCGGUUCAUAGAUCGGUCGGAUCGGGAGGUUCCCCUAAUAUAUUCGUUGGACUGUACAGACCUCGAUAAAUGGAAUGAGAACGUCCUGGAACCGGCUAUUUUGAUUAUAAAUGAAAAACUUGAGGGGAAAACGCCGAGCCAGAAGGCCCUGAACAACGCUAAGACUGAUGGGGGAAAAAAUUUCUGUGAUAAAUUUGAUCAGACUCACUUCUGCGAGACGUGCGAAAGAGUGUUAAUAGGAGAUUUCCAAUGGAAGGCACAUCUGAACGGAAGAAAACAUGAAAAAAUGGUUAAGAAAGCCAAAAUUGAAAGCGAAAAAGCGGCGAAGGAACCCAUGGAACAAUUGACAUGAAACAUGGCAUUUCAUCAUACUUUUCAUGGUAAAGUUUUUCUUCCUUUUGAUCUCUACCCGCAGAGAUUUGAUAAAUUAUUCCAGAGCGCAUUACCAAAAAAAGAAACAAUUUGAAAAACAACUGAAUUUUAUUAUCACAUACCUGUGGUUCAAAAUGUAAAUAAUUGUUGACUGUGUGAUAAAAUAAAAUAUUAUAAAUAUUUAU